AUGUGGCUGCAGACUCCGUUCCGGAGAAGAUGCCCAAGGCAGCACCAGCUAGAUUCAGAUAGAUCGGCCACGACCGUGGCGCCAGCAGCCUUGAGCUCGCGUUACGUUCAGACGUGUCCAGGACAGGAGCUCUCCCGGACCUAUGCAACCACUCGCAGCAUUGCAGGCUUCCGCCAAAUAUUCAGCACGAACCCUAUAAAGACCGUAGGAAGACCAACAAUCGUCUGUGCAAUCCCCUCUACAGGCUAUACUGGCUACACCGGAACGAUCGCACAGUCGGUGGUGACGGUGGCAAAGCCGGGCUCAUCACUUCUCGUCGACCGCAGUCGUUGCAUCGCAGUCCGGGCACCGUCCAACAUCCUGCCAUGA